UACAAAGCAAAACCUUGUGGCUAUCUGUCAAACACACUCUCCUCUCCUCUCUCUCUCUCUCUCGCAUGGCGUCUUUAAUAUCCAGUCUGUCUUCCACGAUUUCCCGCCUAACCCUUCUUCGCAAGCCCUCACUGCACUUCCCCGUCAAAACUCUCCGAAAAUUUGAAGUCGACCGCAAAAGGAGGGGGCCCAUAUCGCCUUUUCUCCAUGUUUCGACUAAUUAUGAUUUUGCCCACUUUUCGUCUUGCCCAAAAGCCAAAAGCAUGAACGCAUUAGGCCAAGAUGAAGAGUUAGUUGUUCUGGGUAUUGAAACUAGCUGUGACGACACUGCCGCAGCAGUAGUUCGAAGCAAUGGUGAAAUUCUUAGCCAAGUUGUGUCUUCUCAGGCAGAUCUGCUUGUCCGGUAUGGAGGAGUGGCUCCUAAAAUGGCAGAGGAAGCACAUUCGCUAGUGAUUGAUCAGGUAGUGCAGGAGGCUCUUGAUAAAGCUAAAGUAACUGAGGAGGAUCUUUCUGCAGUUGCUGUUACAAUUGGUCCUGGGUUAAGCCUUUGUCUACGUGUUGGUGUGAGAAAAGCACGGAAAGUAGCUGGUACUUAUGCUUUACCCAUUGUUGGUGUCCAUCACAUGGAAGCUCAUGCUUUGGUAGCAAGGUUAGUGGAAAGAGAGUUACAGUUUCCUUUCAUCGCCUUGCUUAUCUCAGGAGGCCAUAAUCUUCUUAUUCUUGCUCGUGAUGUUGGCCAUUAUAUACAACUUGGGACCACAAUAGAUGAUGCAAUUGGAGAGGCAUAUGACAAGACAGCAAAAUGGCUUGGUCUUGAUAUGAGGAAAAGCGGAGGCCCUGCUGUUGAGGAGCUGGCUCGAGAGGGUGAUGAAAACUUUGUCAAAUUUAAGGUCCCUAUGAAACAGCAUAAAGACUGCAACUUCUCAUACGCAGGUCUCAAGACUCAAGUGAGGCUGGCAAUUGAAUCCAAAAAUAUCGAUGCUUCAAUCCCCAUUGCCUCAGCUAGUAGUGAAGACAGAAGAGCUCGGGCUGAUAUUGCUGCUUCUUUCCAGCGAGUUGCAGUAUUGCAUUUAGAAGAAAAGUGUGAACGAGCAGUUGAAUGGGCAAUGAAGAUGGAGCCUUCUAUUAAGCAUUUGGUGGUAUCUGGAGGUGUUGCAUCUAAUCAGUAUGUCAGGUCUCGGCUUAAUAAGAUAGUGGAAAAGCACGCACUGCAACUUGUUUGCCCUCCUCCCAGCCUCUGUACUGACAAUGGUGUAAUGAUUGCUUGGACCGGCAUUGAGCAUUUCCAGAUGGGAAGAUAUGAUCCUCCGCCACCUGCAUGUGAACCUGAGGAUGCCAUGCUUGAUCUUCGACCAAGAUGGCCGUUGGGCGAAGAGUAUGCUGAAGGAAAAAGUGAAGCUCGAUCAUUGAAAACGGCUAGGGUUCAUCCAUCACUAACCUCUCUCAUUCAAGCAUCCACACAAAAAACGUCUUAAAGAAAAGCUCACAGCUCGCCUUUCCAAUGGCAUAUGGGGGAAGACUUGAUCUUUUGUUCCCAAAUUAAGCCAGCAUUUUUGAAUCAAAUAUCAAAUGCAUGCUUUAGUAUAGAUGAAACAUAGGGCCAUUGUAAAACAGUGAACAGGAUUUUGCUAUUUGUGGAUAACUAAUGCUGUAUACGUGCAAGACUGUAGAGUUGCAGGGGGUAAUUUAAUUGGUUUGAUUUCCAUCACCCCUUUUCCUUUAAAAAACUGUAGAGUUUCUGUACGGAUAUGACUAAUAUUUUCUUUCUGAAAUACAUUGCUAUAAUUUAUA